AGCGACUUGCUGCCGCCUGUCAGCCGUGACCUGCUGGCGCCGGGAGCGUCCUGUGGCCGACGCCCGCCCCGCCCCGAGCCCGGCCAUGGAGCUGCUGUCAUUCAAGGAUGUGUCAGUUGAUUUCUCUCCAGAGGAGUGGGAAUGCCUAGGCCCUGCUCAGUGGGAUCUGUAUAGGGAUGUGACGUUGGAGAACUACAGAAACCUGGUUUCCCUGGGUCUUGCUUUGUGUAAGCCAUACCUGGUCACAUUUCUAGAGCAGAAGGAACCACCUUGGAUUAUGAAGAGUAAAGAGCCCACAGCAGCAUACCCAGAGAAUCUUUGCAAAGAUAGUACAUCUGCAAAAGACAUUACUCUGUUCUCAAGAGCACUCAUCCAUUAUGGCGUCCAUAGUCAAGAGAAGCCUUUCAACUAUAAAGACUGUAGCAAAGUUCUCAUCAGUGGCUCAACUUCUAAUCAUUGUCAGGGGACUCAUAAACCUUAUUUAUGUAAACAGUGUGGAAGCACCUUUAAAUAUCAUUCUGCCCUAACCAAGCACCAACUAAUACACACUGGAGCAAAACCAUACACAUGUAAGGAAUGUGGCAAAGCUUUCAAUAGAAGCACAAACCUCACUCGACACCAGGUAACUCAUAAGAGACAGAAACCAUACAAAUGUCAGCUGUGUGACAAAGCCUUCAACAAAAGUACAAACUUUGCUCGGCACCAGAUAACUCAUAAGAGACAGAAACCAUACAAAUGUGAUGAAUGUGGCAGAACCUUCAAUAAAAGUACAAACCUUACUCAGCACCAGAUGAUCCAUACUGGAGAAAAACCCCAAUGUAAAGAAUGUGGCCAAGUGUUUAAGUACCCGUCAAUCCUUACUCGACAUCAAAUAGUUCACAGUGGUGCCAAACCCUACCCCUGUGAAGAAUGUGGCAAAGCCUUCAAUAGUAAAGCAAACCUCACUCGACAUCACCUGAUUCACACGGGAGAGAAACCAUACAAAUGUCAUGAAUGUGGCAAAGCUUUUACGACACACUCAAUCCUCACUCAGCACCAAAUAAUUCAUACUGGAGAGAGACCCUACAAAUGUGAUGAAUGUGGCAAAGCCUUUAAGUAUCACUCUAGCCUUUUUCAGCACCAUAUAAUUCAUACGGGGAAGAGACCCUACAAAUGUGAUGAAUGUGGGAAAACCUUCAAUCGUCGUUUAACACUUAGUCAGCAUCAGAUAAUCCACACAGAAGAGAAGCCCUACAAAUGUAAAGAAUGUGACAAAACAUUUAAAUGUGCUGCAUACUUGAUCCAACAUAUGAAAAUUCACUGGGAAGGGCUGCCCUACAGAUGCAAAGAAUGUGAUAAACGCUUUAAAUGUUCCGCACAUCUUAUUGAUCAUCAGAGAAUUCAUACCGGAGAGAGACCCUAUAUAUGUCAAGAAUGUGGCAAAGACUUUAUCCGUUCUUCAGAUCUUAUUAAGCAUCGGAGAAUUCAUACUGGAGAGAAACCCUAUAGAUGUAAAGAAUGUGAAAAAGCCUAUAGCUGUUCUUCACAGCUUAAACGACAUCAGAUAAUUCACACUGGAGAGAGACCCUACCAUUGUCAAGAAUGUGGCAAAGCCUUUAAUAACCGCUCAACGUUUUGUGUACAUCAGAGAAUUCAUACUGGAGAGAAGCCCUAUAGUUGUAAGGAAUGUGGGCAAGCCUAUUACUGUUCUUCACAGCUUAAUCGACAUCAGAAAGUUCAUACUGGAGAGAGACCAUAUGUAUGUAAAGAAUGUGGCAAAGGUUUUGUCACUUCCUCAAGGCUUAAAUGUCACCAGGAAAUUCAUACUCGAGUGAAAUCCUACCAGUGUAAAGAAAACAAAGCCUUCAUUAGUAGUUCAACCCUUAAUGUCAAAUAUACAAGAGAAAAUCCCUGUAAAUGUCAAGAGUGUGGCAAGGCCUUUAACAACACUGCAGCCUUGAUUUGAUACCACUAGACUCAUACAGGAGGGAAAUUACAGGUGUACAGAUUGUUGCAAGACCUUGAACAUGUGUAAAGCACUUACUGGACACCUAACAACGCAUAGUGGAGCGAAACCUUCAGAUGUAAUCAUGUGGCCCCCAAGACAGCUAGAUGGUCAUACUUGAAAGCCUUAUACAAAUGCAGAGAAGAUAGUGAAGAUUUUAUUCAUGUAUCAAAUCUUAACAUAAAAGGGUUCAUAUAGGAAUUAAAUUGUAUAGAUAUGUGGAAUAUGGUAAAACCUUCAACUUCUUAGAGAUUUUAAAAAAUAUUUUUAUUUGCUAGCAAAGAGACAAAAACAGAGACAAUGGGCAUGCCUAAGCCUCCAGCCUCUGCAAACAAACUCCAGAUGUGUGCACCACUUUGUGCAUCAUGGGUACUGGGGAAUUGAAUUUGAGUCAUUAAGCUCUGCAGUCAAGUGCCUUAACCACUGAGCACUCUCUCUAGUCCUUCUGCUUAUAGUUUUACAUCAUUAGUUGAUAUGGUUGAAAGAAAUAGAACACUGAUGUUAGUCAAUAGAUGACUCAUCUCUCAGCAGAUGUAAAUUUGUUGUAAAUCCAAAUGUUACUAAAUUGCCUCUUAAAAACCGCACAAAGUACAGCUCCCAGGCCAUUCUAUCUGAAGUACUAUUUUGCUUUCUGAAAAUUUUUACAGAUAUUCUCAAGAGACCAUAGAAUGGAUUUUAAAAUACUGUGUACAUUUUGUUUGAAUUUUGUUUUAGGUAAUAAAAUUGAACGGUUCUGAA